AAUUAAUCAGAUUGAUGCAGUGAAGAAGCAAAUGUGCGCGUGACGCACUAAAUCUACAUAGUGUUUUUCUAUGUUGGAUUGAAUUUUGUGAAAAUAAUAUUGUGCAUUUAUAGUUAUAAACUGAUCAUAUGGUAGAAGAAAAAUAUUACAAAUUAACAUCAUACAAUCAUACUCGUCUUUGUAUGAUAAAACUGGAAGAUUAAUAAGUUGGAAUUAAACUGUCGACGGAUUAUUAGUAUGCGAAGACUCAGCAUGCGAACAAAACGCAAAAAGUCCGAGAGAAACAGUGAAAGCGAAACUGAAGAAAAUGGCGUCGAGUCAUUGAAACGUAACGAUAUGUCAGAUAGCGAUAUUAAUGUCGAUGAGAAUAGUGAAAAAGGUAAGGAAAACGAAUCUGACGAGAACGAGGAUCUGAAUAAUACCCCCAAUCGAAAAUCUGUCGGAAAGAAGAAGCGCCUUCCAAGAACGCGUCAUAGCGAAGAACAAAAAACGCUGUCACAGACAAACAGCAAACAAACGCCGAAAAUGAAAAAGCAGUUGGAAGAUGCUGAUGAUAUGAAGACCAAUACCGAUCAAGAAAACGGUGCUGUAAAUAAGCGAGGAGCUAAUAAAAAACGUAAAAAAGAUGAACAAAAGACAUCACCUACGUCUACCCGUGGUGCAGUUAGCGGUGAAGAGGAGUAUGAGGUCGAAAAGAUCGUCGGUCGUCGUACUAUCAAAGGUAGACGACAAUUCCUUAUUAGGUGGAAAGGAUAUGGAGAAGAAUCUGAUACUUGGGAACAAGAGAAGGACUUAAAUUGUCCUAAACUUAUCGAAAAUUUUCUUCUGGAUGAUAAUGAAACUGACGAGACCAUAUCAGAAAAAGCUGCUAAACCGAUUAAAGCCAAGUCAGUUAAAGCAGAUAAGAAGAAAGAGAUGAAGAAAUCUAAAUAUAAUAAAAGACAAUCCAAUUUAACUGAAGAAGAGGAGGAACUUGAAAUUGUUGAUACCUUAAUCAAAAAUGAUGAAAAUCAAAAAGAGUUUGAAGUUGACAAAAUAAUAGAAGUACAUUUUAGAAAAAAUAAAAAGAGAGAAUUCCUUAUUCGUUGGAAGGGUUUUACCGCUGCAGAUGACACUUGGGAACCAGAAGAGAACUUAAAUUGUCCUGAUCUUAUAAAUAAAUUUAUGGAUAAAGUUGAAAAAGCAAAAACUACUGAAAUGCGGGAAUUAAGAUCAAAUCCUGCACAUACUAAGCGCUAUACAUUGUCGACACAUGAUUCAGGAAGAAGAUUGUCGCGUCGACAUAUUGACAAACAAAGAGCUACAUAUUACGAGUGCUAUGAAUAAAAAGAAGUUAUAUACAUUGAUUACAAUUUUGUCGUCACUAGUUUUUCGUCUUAAUUUCUACAUUUUCUUUUUUUUCCUUUUUUGUUUGUUUUUCUUUUUUAAAGAAUGAAAACAAAUUACUUUCAAAAAAAUUAAAUUCAUAUUUUUUAUUCUAGUUGAAGUUACAAUAUAUAUAUAUUUUGUAUAUUUCUAAUUAUUUCUAAUUGUUUAGAAGAAUUAUAUUAUUACCAGAGCAAAAAGAAUAUACACAUUAGGUUAUAAAUGUUUUAUAACUAAUUUAUACGUAAUCUUUUUUGUGUAUUUUGGUAGUUAAUAUUGAAAAUAAUAUUAAGUUUAUCUUAUCAUACACAAUUUCAUGCAUACAAAUAAUAACAAUUUUUUAUCAAUUGUAGAAUAAAAAAAUAAAGAAACACACUAUAUUAUACUUCAACGAGUUAAGUACUACGAAAUAAAUGACGAUUAAAUAUUUUGAUGUCAACCCAAAAAGAAACAUUAUAUUAGAAUUUUAAAUGAUUUGAUUGCAUCAUUCAUUUUAUUUAUUAAUGAUAUUGAAAACAAAAAAUAUUCAUGUAUUAAUAAUAAUAAAGACUU